AUGGAAGUUUCAGGCGGCAGCCAUUCGUUCCCAUCAUGCUUGAUCAGCGCAGUCGGUGGAGAGCAAUCCCACACAGCCGAGAGUUUUUCGGCACACGUCAGCGUGACAUCAGAGCAAGUCGGAGGUUCAAGUUUAGUCUGUGAACAUGAGACGAGUGCCCUGACCUGUGAUGAUGGGACUGUCAUACACAUUCACAGCGCUAACUAUGGCCGAACUGACAGCAGCAUGUGCUCUACUGGACGACCUCCUGCUCAGCUUGCCAAAAUUGACUGCUACGCCUUAAAUUCACAGACAGUAGUCGCUAGUGGAUGUGAAGGGAAAAGCAGCUGCUCCAUAUUAGCCUCCAACAGUGUCUUCUCGGAUCCAUGUUUCGGCACAUUCAAGUACCUGUACAUCUCAUACUCCUGCGUGUCUAAGUAGAACGACAGCUGAUCUUGUGAAUUUGGCCUCUUCAAUUCUCUAUCAGCA